AUGUCAAAUAAGGUGAUUGAUAAUACAAAGAUAGUAAAUAAUAAUAAUUUUAAAACAAAUGAUGAAUAUUUUGAAGCUUUAAGAAUAUGGUUAGAUAAUUAUAACAGAUGGUAUGAAAUUAAUCGAUUAUUUACAUGUUUAAGUCAUGUAAAUACUUUAUUAAAUAAUUAUAAUCAUAUUAAUAAUUCCAGUAAUUAUUCGAUACCACCGGGUUUACUGCCAAACAAUAACGAUGUGCGAAGACGUACGAAUAGAUUCGGUGUACGAGCCGCCGCCAAUGGUGCUGCAGGUUUUUUAUUUAAUAACAAUGUCAAUGAUAAUAAUAACAAUGAACAAAUGCAACAACAAUCACUAAGAUGUCAAAUACCGCCAAUAUGGAAGCGAAUGGUAGCUGAAACAAUUGAUUUUAUUAUACUAUUUUUUAUAAAAUUCUUUUUUACGGGACUAUUGGUUAACACAUUUAAUAUAUUGCCAUUAAAAAAAUACGACUUUGAGACGAUACAUAAAACAUUAAGCGAUGGCAAUGCCAAUGACGCCAUCGAUAUGACUGUCGAUAUAUUUAUAUUUGAAAUAUUACAUCGUACAAUUGUGUGCACAUUCGAGACAUAUUUUUUAUCUGGACAUAGAGAUGGACAUGGCGGUGCCACACCUGGUAAACUAUUCAUGAACCUUCGUGUCGUUCACGCCACACAAAUACAUCAUUUAGUCAAUGUUCGCAACAAUAACAUGAUUGUUGUGCUUAUAUCCCCGGGUACAAAUUUAGGUUAUUUGGUUGCAUUCAUACGAUCAUUUAUUAAAAAUUUAAUUAUUCUAUUAUUAUUCCCAAUGUGUUUUAUUAUUUAUUUCUUUAGUUAUAAUCGUACGGGGUACGAUUUUAUUUGCAAUUCAUGUGUUGUUGAAUUAGUACCGCAACAAUUAAUUCAUAAUAAUAAUAAUCGAAAUCGUGUUAAUUAAUUAAAAAAACAAAAAACAAAAACAAAUUCAAGCAGAGAUGGUGAUUCAUACUGGGAAAUCGAAAAGUUUAUAAUAGUCACGGGAUUUAACUUCUAAGUCAGGGAAAUAAAGAUGAUCGUUUAUUUUGAAAUGAUAUAUUAGAUUUCCCCUCAAAUGGGAAAGUAGGGGAAUUUUUUUGGGAAAAAAAAAUGUUACCGAUUAAGAAAUGGAUAAUAUUUAAGAAAUUAAUUAAGCACUCUUUACAUCGCCACUCUGUACUAAAAUUAAAAUUAAAAAAAAAGAGAUG